AUGGCUACGGCAGUGGUGGCCGUUGUGGCCUGUCUGCUAGUGAGCUGGGCGGUGGCCGACAUGGUGGGGGACGAGGCCCGCGAGGCAGCGGCUGUGCAGGGUUUGCUGUCGCGGCUGCUGGGGCCCCGGGCGGCCGGGUUCUCGGUGGCGGUGGAGCGCUCCCUGGCGCCGGCCCCAGGCGAGGACACGUUCCGCCUGAGCGGGGGCGGCGGGAGACCCGUGCAGGUGGCCGGCUCCAGCGGCGUGGCGGCCGCGGCCGGGCUGCACCGCUACCUGCGCGACUUCUGCGGCUGCCACGUGGCCUGGUCGGGCGCGCAGCUCCGCCUGCCCGAGCCGCUGCCCGCCGUGCCCGAGCCGCUCACAGAGACCACGCCCAAUAGGUACCGCUAUUACCAGAACGUGUGCACGCAGAGCUACUCCUUCGUGUGGUGGGGCUGGGAGCGCUGGGAGCGCGAGAUCGACUGGAUGGCCCUGAACGGCAUCAACCUGGCGCUGGCCGCCGUCGGGCAGGAGGCCGUCUGGCGGAGGGUGUACUUGACUUUGGGCCUGAAUGAGACAGAGAUAGAUGAGUACUCCACUGGCCCAGCCUUCCUGGCAUGGGGGCGCAUGGGCAACCUGCACACCUGGGGUGGCCCCCUACCUUCCUCCUGGCACCUUAAGCAAUCUUACCUGCAGUACCGGAUUCUGGAGAGGAUGAGAUCUUUUGGGAUGAAGCCAGUGCUCCCUGCAUUUUCUGGACAUGUCCCCAAGGCAUUUAUUAGGGUGUUCCCUCAGGCCAAUGUCACCAAUCUGGGCGUGUGGGGCCACUUCAGCUGUUCUUACUCCUGCUCCUACCUCUUGGCCCCAGAAGACCCCUUGUUCCCAGUGGUGGGGAGCCUCUUCCUGAGGGAGCUGACUCAGGAGUUUGGCACUGACCACAUCUAUAGUGCUGACCCUUCCUCUGAGCCAGCCUACCUGGCUGCUGCCACAGCUGCAGUCUAUGAGGCUGUGAUUGCAGUGCAUGUUGAUGCUGUGUGGCUUCUCCAGGGCUGGCUAUUUCAACACCAGCCCAACUUCUGGAAACCGCCUCAGGUGAAGGCUGUGCUGAAGGCUGUGCCCCUUGGCUGCCUUCUCAUCUUGGAUCUAUAUGCUGAGUCCCAGCCUGUCUACUCCCGCACUGACUCCUUUUAUGGCCAGCCAUUCAUCUGGUGCAUGCUGCACAAUUUUGGGGGAAACCAUGGGCUUUUUGGGGCAUUGGAUGCCGUGAACAGGGGACCCUCAACUGCCCGUCUCUUUCCCAAUUCCACCUUUGGGGGUACAGGCAUGGUCCCAGAAGGCAUCAACCAGAAUGAAGUAGUUUAUGCCUUGAUGGCUGAGCUGGGUUGGCGGAAGGACCCCUUGCCUGACUUAGGGGCUUGGGUAGCAGGCUUUGCAGCCCAGCGGUAUGGGACUCCUGACUCCCAUGCAGAAGCUGCCUGGAGGCUGCUGCUACAAAGUGUCUACAACUGUUCUGGUGAUUUGUGUACUGGCCACAACCGUAGCCCAUUGGUGAAACAACCAUCCCUUUACCUGGACUUCUCUGUCUGGUAUAACAGGAGUGAUGUGUUUGAGGCCUGGAGGUUGUUGCUGGAAGCAGCCCCAGUGCUGGCAAGCAGCCCUGCCUUCCGCUAUGACCUGCUGGAUGUCAUGAGGCAGGUGGCCCAGGAGUUGGUGAGCCUGUAGUAUUGGGAGCUCAGGACAGCAUUUGAGGCAGGAGCAGUGCCAGCCUUGCUCACUGCUGGUGGCCUGCUGGUCUUUGACCUACUGCCCUCCCUGGAUGAGCUGCUGGCCAGUGAUGAGAGGUUCCUUCUAGGUGGCUGGCUGGAGCAGGCCCAGAAAAUGGCAGUCAGUGAGGCUGAGGCCUGGCAUUAUGAGCGGAAUGCCCUCUACCAGGUGACCCUGUGGGGGCCCGCAGGGAACAUCCUCAACUAUGCCAACAAGCAACUGGCAGGACUGGUGGCUGGCUACUAUGCUCCCCGAUGGAAGCUCUUUGUGGAGAUGCUGGUGAAGAGCCUGGUUGAGGGCGCCCCCUUUCACCAGAGCCAGUUUGAGAAUGAAGCCUUGCUGUUGGGGCAGAACUUUGUCUUGGGUGGGGAGAAGUUCCCCAUCCAACCUCAGGGUGACACUGUGGACUUAGCCAAGAAGUUUUUUCUCAAAUAUUACCCAAGGUGUCAAGCAAGAGCUGUGUGACUUACCCCCUCACCUGUACCACCUGAGACCUCCAGUAGCUCCUUGUACUUUUAAGCUCCCUCC